UUGUGCAGGUGUACCUAAUGUAAUGGCAAGUGAAUGCUGUUCCCAUGUGCGAUCAGAUCCUGGAAGUGGGUGUCCCUUCCAGUGGUCCCUCCCACCUAGUCUUUGGUUGUUGCCUGGCAACACCGAGUGCUGCUUUGGUGGCAACAUCCUGCAGGGGCUGACAUAAUAAGAGUCAGAUGCUCUGCUGCUCCAGGGAAUGCAGCACAACACUGAAAGGGUUAAAACAAGGGGGAGGAUGCCAAUUGACUCCACGCCAAUAGUUGGGAUGAGAGAGGAAAGAAAAGCAUAGAAGAUCUUAAAAAGAACAAGCGCAAUGCUGCGGGUAAGAAGAACUGUCAACAUGAAUGUGGCUUCUCCUUAAACGAGGGCACACAUCUUGGUAUGCUUCUGCGUGUUAUUCCUUUUCCAGAGUGUUCAGCCGUGCUGCUGCAGUCUGAUUGAUCCUCUAUGCUGCGUGCACUCAACUCAAAUUGUUCUUGUGCAUGAGUGAGACAGCACUUUGGUGGGGAGACGACACAGGAGGAAACAGAUUUUUUUCCAAAAUGAAUUUAAACAAUGGUGAAACUUCCAAGGUCAGUGGACAGAACCCAAAUGGAGCAAAUAGCAGCUGGGAGGAUACCAAGAGACUUGGGAAGCCCUCUACUCCGACUCGGAAGCUUCAACCACCCAAACCUGAGAACGCUAUCACCAUCGCCGUGUCGUCGCGGGUGCUCUUCAGCAUGGAACGUGAGCAGCAGAUCUACGAGCGGCAAGGCAUGGAGGAGUAUCUCAAGUACCAGCUGGAGCAUGAAAGUGAGCCUUUCAGUCCUGGCCCUGCCUUCUCCUUCGUCAAGGCUCUGGAAGCUGUCAACAGCCGACUACGGGAGCUUUACCCACAGAGCGAGGAGCUGUUUGACGUGGUGCUCGUGACAAACAACCACGCAUACGUGGGCCUUCGCCUUAUCAACACCAUCAAUCAUCAUCAUUUAUUGAUCGAGCGCUUCUGCAUGACUGGAGGAAACAGUCCUAUAGGUUACUUGAAAGCUUACCACACAAACUUGUACCUUUCUGCUGACUCCACCAAGGUGCGAGAAGCAUUGGAAGAAGGUAUUGCAGCAGCCACUAUGUUCACCCCGGAGAAGAUGAAAGAAGUGUCGGACACUCAGCUUCGUGUGGCCUUUGACGGAGACGCUGUCCUUUUCUCAGAUGAGUCGGAACGCAUUUUCAAGGCCCACGGACUGGACAAAUUCUUUGAGCACGAGAAGGCUCACGAGAACAAGCCUCUGGACCAUGGCCCACUGAAGGGAUUCCUGGAGGCUUUGGGAAAACUACAAAGGAAGUUUUUUGACAGGGGCCUUCGCAUGGACUGCCCUAUCCGCACCUACCUGGUCACGGCUCGCAGUGCCGCCAGUUCCGGUACCAGAGCCUUAAAAACGCUUCGGUCGUGGGGUUUGGAGAUUGAUGAGGCGCUCUUUCUAGCAGGAGCACCCAAAGGCCCCAUGCUAGAGAAGAUCAGGCCGCACCUUUUCUUUGACGAUCAGAUGUUUCACGUGGAAGGGGCGGCUGAGCUUGGCACCGUGGCUUGUCAUGUUCCCUACGGCAUUGCACAGAGACUUGCAAAGAAAUGACUCUGUUACCAGAUUGAUCAAGAGGCCCUAUACAUAAGGAUGUAGAGGAAACUACUUAGGUAUAAUGGUGGAAAUGCUCUAAAAUGUAAAAAAACAAAACAUUUAUGCUAAUGUGAAUUAAUAUCAUUACACUAAAACAAAAAAGCUAUUUUAUUUCCAGAAUUGUCCGUCUAUAAUGUUUGUCUAUCAUAAAUUUGUUAAAUAUCGGUUUUUAUAGUUUUAUUUUAAUCUUGCACAUCGGUGACAUGUACUUGUUGUGGUUGAUUAACUUAUUACAAAUCUAGAUGUUGUGAGAUUUAAAAAAGGUAUAUUCGUCUCAUUAC